AUGAACAGAUUCAUCAUCACCCCACUCAGCAGAGCGAGACAGCCCAUACUACUACCAUCCUUCCUCAGCAGGACACACUCCACCACCACCGUCGCCGCCGAUCAGAAACCCAAACCGACACCCAUCCAGUUCGAUGAGCAUCCCGAUCAGCCCAAGACCCAUUUCGGAUACAGGGACGUGCCAGAACAGGCCAAGCAAAGCCUGGUCGGACAAGUCUUCAGCUCGGUGGCUUCGUCGUACGACGUGAUGAACGAUGCAAUGUCGCUGGGGAUCCAUCGGAUGUGGAAGGACCACUACGUCAAGUCGCUCGACCCGCAUGGGGACAUACAUUGUCUAGAUGUGGCAGGGGGGACGGCGGACAUCGGGCUAAGGAUCCUCGACCACGCCCGUCUGGUCCACUCGGACCGCCAGACCAAGGUGACCAUCCUCGACAUCAACCCGGACAUGCUCGCCGAGGGGCAGAAGAAGGUCAACCGGAGCAUGUACUAUGGCGGCGACCAGAUCGAGUUCAAGCUUGGCAACGCCCAGGACCUGCGCGCCUCCUCGAUCGAGGAUAACUCCGUGGACCUCUACACGAUCGCCUUCGGGAUCCGCAACUGCACCCACAUCGAUGCCGUCUUGAAGGAGGCCUAUCGGGUCUUGAAGAAGGGCGGUCGGUUUAGCUGUCUCGAGUUUGGGAAAGUCAAUAAUCCGCUGUUGGCCGGGAUCUACGAGAUGUAUUCCUUCAAUGUGAUUCCCAACCUAGGCCACAUCCUCGCCUCCGAUCGAGACUCGUACCAAUACCUGGUCGAGUCGAUCCGUCGCUUCCCCGCCCAACCCAAGUUCGCCGAGAUGAUCCAGGAGGCCGGCUUUGUCCUUCCCGGCGCGCACAAGCAUUUGUCCAAGGACAGGAACCAAGGGUGGGAGGACCUCACCUUCGGCGUCGCUUCCAUCCACAACGGGAUCAAGCUCUAG